AUGCUCGCGGCUAUAAUAAAAGAGAAAAACAAAAACAUUGAAGAGAAUGAUUCUUCAACGAAUUGUAUAAUUUUGAGAUGCCAUGUUUGCACGAUUAUGAGACAAUUACGCGGAUUACGAGCAUGUUGGACUUUUGUGCGACGUAAUCAUAACUUAAAAAAAUCUAGCCAAGUUCCAGCGCUCACGAAACUAAGAAUAAUCUUUGAUACAACAUCCAAGGAUAAUGAAGCUGAUAUGCCAACAAACUCCGCCCCCCUAGAUACCACUCAAGACAAAAUUCUAACAGCUUCUGGGGGUAGUGGUACCCAUGGAGCCGCUAAAGACUUAUUGCCACCUACCCUGCUAUAUGUUCGCGAUCUUAUGGACCGCUAUGAAAACCAUGUUGUUCUUACCCAGAUGGGCUCAUUCUAUGAAUUAUAUUUCGAACAGGCAACCACAUAUGCACCAAAGCUUAAUAUUUCAUUGACAAACAGAACAUACUCUUGUGGAAAAGUACCGUUUGCCGGAUUUCCUGUUCAUCAGCUUAGUAGGCAUCUUAAGGUGCUGGUGAACCAUUACGGUUACAGUGUAACAAUUGCUGACCAAUUCAAGAAAAAUAAUGACGCUGACAAUGAAUCCUUUCGAUUUUUCCGUCGUGUGACAAGGAUUGUCACACCAGGAACAUUCAUUGAUGAAGCAUUUGAAAACCUUCAAGAAAAUACCUUUUUACUCAACCUUGAAUUUCCCGAGAAUAGUAUGGAAAAACCUGCUGAAUCAAAUCUGAAGAUUGGCCUAUGUUGGUGUGAUGUCUCAACCGGUGAAAUUUUUGUUCAACAAGUCAUACUGAGAGAUCUCAUAUCGGCAGUUACAAGAAUUCAACCAAGGGAAAUCCUGCUCGAUCAAUCUUUGUCUCGAUACAAUCUGGAAGCCGGAAGCUGGUAUUCGGAACUUGUAGAGCUUAGAAAGUAUUUCAUAAAAUACCAAAAGGCUCCUUCUCAACAUAGAACUAUUAGCUCCUUUUUUGGAUUAUUUGCAGCGGCGGGGUCUUCCGAAGGGGGAAUAAGACAAUUGAAGAUUCAAUUACAACAUUUCACGCAAAAGGAGAUCACAGCAUUAAGAAGAAUUUUGGUAUAUGUAUGCGAUCACCUUCCAGACUGCACCAUGAAUUUCCAACUCCCGCAGAGGCGGAUAACUAGUAGCAUUAUGCAGAUUGACUCAAGAACAAGUAGAGCUUUGGAAUUACACGCUACUGUCAGAGAUAAUAGAGUACGUGGCACUUUGUUUUCCACAAUAAGAAGAACGGUAACGCCUCUUGGAACGAGGUUGCUGGCACAAUGGCUAUCUGGACCAUCUCUCGACCUGCACGAGAUCAAAAACAGACAGAAAUUGGUGGAAUUUUUCAAGAAUAAUUCUGAUACUAGAGAAUCUUUGAGAUCAAUGCUCAAAAGUAUCCAUGAUUUACCGCGGAUCCUCCAAAAAUUUAGCUUUGGGAGAGGUGAGGCGUCUGAGCUCAUGCAAAUUGCAGGAUCAUUAAAAACUGCAUCAAUUAUCAAAAAAUUGCUAAAAAACGAAGCUCAAAAGUCAGAAAGGAAAACUGAAGUACUGCUGCAUUCAUUCGUGACUGGUUUAGAGUUCGAUGGUACUUUGAUACUUGAUGUUUUGAAAUACUUGAAUGAGGAUGAGCUCAUCAAAUCGCAGAAGCGAACAGAUGAAAAAAUGGAGGAGCUGCCCAAUAAUUCACCGGAUUCUAGGUCGGUCGAUAUUUUCAAGUUAGUUUCUUGGUCCGUGCAUCCAUCAUACAGCGAAUCACUUCAAGACCUUCACGAAAAGUAUCAGCAAGUAUGGUUAGAGAAAGAAAAGUUACGAUUGACAUACCAAAACUUCUUUGUUGAGAAAGAGGGUGCGAAAAGUUUAACGCUAAAACAGAGACAAAACGGCGAGUAUGCCCUAUACCUACAAGGCAGUUCUAACAACCUAAAAAAGAUUUCUGAGUUUAUUCGAAACGGCUUCAACUUCGAAGGAUACCCAUUUCAGAUUCUACAGCAAGCGACGCAGACUCGCUGGCUAUCUCAUAAAUUAUGGUCAAAUAAUGGAUACGAAUUAGAACUCGCGCUUCUUCGGAUUAAGAAAGAGGAAAUGCAUAUAAUAGAUAGAUUCAAGGGACAAUUUUUGGAGAAAAGUGCAGAGAUUAGAAAGAUUUCUGAAAUUUUGGGCUAUAUAGAUGUGCUGGCAUCUUUCGGAGCUCUAGCAUUGGAAAAGAGUCUCGUAUGUCCGAGAAUGGAUAAGACCAAUAAACUCGAAAUAAUUGGGGGUCGCCAUCUAAUGGUUGAAGAGGGCAUAUCAAAUAGGUCGCUGGAGAAAUUCAUAAAAAAUGAUUGUGCCUUGGAAGGUGGAAAGUCAUGGAUCAUUACAGGUCCUAACAUGGGGGGUAAGUCCACUUUCCUCAGACAGAAUGCUAUUAUUGUAAUAUUGGCCCAAAUGGGCAGCUUUAUCCCCUGCCUAAAGGCACAGAUUGGGUUGGUCGAUAAAAUUUUUACCCGUGUAGGCUCAGCAGAUGAUUUGUAUAACGAAAUGAGUACAUUCAUGGUAGAAAUGAUCGAAACAUCUUUCAUACUUCGUGGUGCCACUGAUAGGUCUUUAGCAAUUCUCGAUGAGAUUGGUCGGGGAACCAGUGGAAAGGAAGGCGUCGGGAUAGCAUACGCUACUUUGAGGCAUUUAAUCGAAUCCAAUCGCUGUAGAUCAUUGUUUGCUACCCAUUAUGGACAAGAAUUAAAUGAAAUUAUCUCAAGCAAGCUGGGAGAAGAUAUAAAAAAUAAAAUUGAAUUUUUCAAAAGUACUACUAUCGAAACUUCAGACUCUGACUUCUGUUACGAUUAUAAGCUUAAAUCAGGCAUAUGCUCUGUAUCGGAAGCCAUAAAAGUAGCCAAAGCGGCCGGGUUUCCAAAAGAGGCUUUAGAAACCGCACGAGCACUUCUUAUGUAA